AGAAAAGGAUUCAGCUUUUCUCUGAAUUCGUCAUUCUCUUUGAAAAAAUUUGUUCAUUUGAGAGCCAAGAUCCAAGCUUGCUUAACUAAAUUUGAAACCUUUUGAUAGAUUGUUGUCUCUUUCUGGUGCUUCUUGAUGGAUGAAGACGCUGUGAAACCGUUUGGAACGACUGAAAUGAUGAAUAAGGAAGACGGUUCUAGUCCGGGAGGUGAUUCUACAGGGAAGGCAAUGGCUUCAAAGUCUAAAGAGAAAAAGAUCCCUCAUUACCUCAGAGCAUCCACUGGUUCGUGUCAUGAUUUGUGCAAGUAUGGGAAGAGACAGAUACCUGUGGAGAAACCAUGGCGUUCGACUACUAAAAAGAUCUUCAAGAAAUCUCUUGAUGAUGAUUUGAAUGAAACUUUGAAGCCGGGUUCUUCUAAAGUGAAGAAGGUAAUGGAUGUCAAGAAAAAAAUGGUUAGUGAUGAUUCUUCUGAGGUGAUUAAAAGAGAGGUUGUGAAGCAUCAAGUGAGUGGUGUCUCUAGUGGGGUGAAGAAGCCAGAGGUGUUGAUAAUAUCAUCUGGUGAUGAAACUCCUGUGAAGCAGAUGAAGAAGAAGACACCAUUAAGUUCCAAACUUAAACCUUCACCAGAUUUGGGAUCUCGUACAUCACGAAAUGUUGAUGCCCUGAAGCCGAAAGUUUUAACAAAAUCGUAUUCAGCACUAGCAACAUCGAAAUCUAAGGUAAACCAUGAGCAUGUUGCUUCACCAGUUUUGAAACCUAAAAUGGGUAACAGAAGUGAAGGAAAAGACGAAGAUGCAAAGAUAAAGAAGGUUACAGUUUCCUCAAGAGUUGCUUCUAAGAAGGUUCCGGUGAAUCCUAGAGCGUCGCUUUCUCCAAGAUUAUCACUAAGACUAGCUGGAAAUUCAAGUUUGAGAAAGAGUCAGAGCUUAAAGGCUGGCUCUUCCUCUUCUUCUCGACAAAAUCAGAAACCAAAACGUGUGAAUCACACUGAUGAAUCUAAUAAGCAGUUGGAUGAUUAUCCAGUCGAGGAGAAAACAUUGCACGUUGUUGAAAUGGAAACAACUAACAAUGUCGUCUCUGAAAAUGAUCAGAAUCCGCAAGGUUUUGUUGAACCUUUUCUUCCUCCUCUUCCACCGACACACUCAACUCCAAAAGAUGAUGAGUGUACUGUUUCAGAAACAGAGGAGUAUGAGUACACUUCAGGAAGCAACGAAGCCGAGAGCGAAGAAGAAGAGAUUGGAUUGUCCAAUGGAGAGAAAAAAACAAGAGCGGCGAGAAAGGAGGGUGAUUCUGCAGAUGAAGCUGCUCGGAAGUUACGUUUCAGAAGAGGAAAAAUUGUGGAUGCUGAUACUGUGGGUGAGAAGGCAAGGAAGCUCAAGUUUAGACGAGGAAGGGAUCUAGGGGAAGACAAAGCGCAAGAUGCUCAAGUUAGGAGAAGCUUUAAGAAGAGGGAAGAUAUCAGAGAAGAAGAAGUCGAUGAGGAUGGUGAAAAAGUUGUGCUGAGGCAUCAAGAUGUUCAGGAGAAAGAUGCACAGGGACUGUUCAACAAUGUCAUUGAAGAAACAGCGAGUAAACUCGUUGAAGCUCGAAAAAGCAAAGUUAAAGCUUUGGUUGGUGCUUUUGAAACCGUCAUUUCUCUUCAAGAAUCUUAGAACCUUUUGCUAACUCUGGUAUGUGCAUUGGGCAUGCAUGAGCAAAAGCUAACAUUGAAUCUUUGAUUUUCUAGUAGUAGUUUAUUUGGUUUUGGUUUGGUCUGCAGAAACUGGUAAUCUAGAUUGAGCCGGUUUGAAUCGUUUCGGUUUGUUGAACCUGAAGAAGAUUGAUGCUUCAUACAAAGUUAAAGGAUAUGUCUCUGCCAAACAUUAAUAGUGUUGCUUUGUGAAUAAUACUUUGAUGGAUUG